GACCUGUGCAGCGCUUCAAGAUGGACAACGAGAUCUUCAUCAGCGCGUCGUCACCAGAUCACUCUCCGCCUUUCCCUCUGCUCCGCCUGCCGAACGAGCUCAUCGACAAGGUGUUUGAGCACGCCUACGCGGACCAAGACGACCGCGUCCUCGGCCGCAUGCCCGCCUGCCGCCGCCUCGCGCCCAUCCAGCGCGCUCACCUGUACCGCCGCGUCGAGAUCCACUCGCCCGACGAGUUUGCCCUGUUCCGCCGCACCGUCGUGACGACACCCGAGAUCUGCAAGCUCGUCAUGGACCUGUCCAUCUUCGUCCGCGACGAGCACGACGGCUUGAGCGACCCGGACGAGGACGGCGAGGCGCUGUCGCCCGAGGACGUGGCCGCCAGCAUCAUCCCGCCGAGCGCCAUAGCUGCGGUCCUUUCUCGCCUAUCCCGUAUCGAGGCCCUGAGGCUCGACGGGCUCCGAUCGGCCCGCCUCGCCGUCGUCCUCAGCGAGACGGCGUCUCACUCGCUCGCCUCGAUCAAGCGCCUGGUGCUUCAAAGCGCCGAGGGCGAGCCGGGCCACACCGGCAACGAGUACGACGCCGAUGCCGAGCGGGCCUGGGUCGGGCAACUCGUUCGUCUGUCGGCCCUCGAGUUCCUGUCGGUCGCCCAGAACCGCACGGACGCACCAGUUCUGCCGGUCCUGCGGGUCCCGCUCACCCUCCCGCGAGUGACCCGCCUCUCUCUCAAGGGCACCAUUGUCCAGGAGACCUGGAGGGGGCCGGACCUGCGCACGCUCGUGCCGCAGCUCGUCGACCUCGAGAUGGCCGACUUCUCGCCCGUCAUCUGGUUCGCCUCGCUCCUCAACACAGCUCCGACCGGUCUGCGCAAGCUGUCGAUGAAGUCGGUCGGCGUGCCGGUCGACAGCGGAGCUGCGCACUCGAUCCACGGUAUCCUGCCGCGCUUCGACCAACUCGAGCACCUCGUGGUGUGCAACGGCGUCCUGUCGAAGGACCUCAACCUGCGCCUCCAGUGCCUGCGCAGCCUCGAGCACAUCCGCUCGUUGCGCAUUUUCGGGCCCAUCGCCACCGACGAGCUCCUCGCCCACGUCCUCAAGGACGCGGGCCACCUGCCUCGCCUCGAGCGUCUCGGCCUGUCGCACAUCGUCAGCAGCAAGGGCGGGCGAGUCGCCGACGUCGGCCGUGCAGCGACCUCAUCGACCCGCUGCCGCUGGGAGCACUGGCCGAUGUGCACCGGGUGGUUCGCUCCAGAGUACCCGAGCGGGUGCACCGAGGCGGGUCUGCGCCAGGCGAUGACGGCCGCCGAGGCGAGGGGCAUCGUCGUCGAGGGCACGACGCUCGAGGCGCUCGAGUGGCACGCCGCGUUCGAGGCCGAGCGGCGCGCGGCGCAUCUCGCGCACGGCGACGAGCAGCGCGACCACCGGCUCGCGAGGCAGGUCCUCGGCGACGUCGUCGUUGACGAGCACCUCGUCGCUCGCGCGACGUCGGGCGUCACGGGCGUCGCGGUGGCCGGCGAAGCCGUGGAGGACGACGUCGUGUGA